CUCCCCCUUUCUCGUAUUUGAAUUAACCAUAGAACUGACAUUGUGGGAUAGUAAGCUCAGAUCUCACUUAAAUUAUCUUUCAUCUUCUUUACUUUCAGAAGCAAUCACAUCAUAACCAUGUCCGGCAACGCCAAACGCCGCCUCCAAGCUCUCAGCCAGCAGCUGGUCGAAGGCAUCCCCGACGCCGGGACCUUCGAGGAUAUUCCCCGAAUCCGAUCCAUUGCCCCUGAUUCCGUGGGACCUCGGGUAAAGGACAAAGUCGCUAUCGUCACCGGCGCCAACUCCCCCACGGGCAUCGGCCGCGCCACAGCGCACCAAUACGCCCACAACGGCGCGGCAGCGAUCUACCUAUGCGACUUCGUCGACACGCACCUCGCAACGCACCGGCGGGAGAUCGAGUCCCUGUACCCGGCCACCAAGGUGUACGUGCGGCGGUUCGACGCGGCCUCGGAAGGCGCCGUGCAGGCGGUGGUGGAGGAGGCGCUGCGGGCGCACGGCCGGCUGGACAUCUUCUUCGCGAACGCGGGGGUCGUGGGCCAGCAGAAGCUGCUGACGCAGAUCACGGCGGAGGAGUUUGCGGAGACGCUGCGGGUGAAUACGGUGGGGGUGUUUCUGGCCGUCAAGUACGCCUCUACCGCGAUGCAACAGACGUCCGCCGCCAAGCCCUACCCCGGGGGCUCGAUCAUCUGCACGGCCUCGGUGGCGGGCCUGCGGUCCAACGGGGGCUCGACGGAUUACUCGGCCUCCAAGGCGGCGGUGGUCAGCAUCGCGCAGACGGCCGCCUUCCAGCUGACGGGGACGGGCAUCCGCGUCAACGCCAUCUGCCCAGGCUUGAUCGAGACGGGCAUGACGCAGCAGAUGUUCGACGCCGCGCGCGCCCGCGGCACCCAGCGCAAGCUCGGCCAGCUGAACCCCUUGCAGCGCGGGGCCAUCGCCGACGAGGUCGCGCGCGUCGCCCUGUUCUUGGGCAGUGACGAGGCCAGCUACGUCAACGGGCAGGCCUGGGCGGUUUGUGGCGGACUGAGUGCUGGACACCCGUUCGUGCCAGGGAAGUUGGCCUAA